AUGAAAAUACUUGGAUACUCAAUUAUACCACAGUAUUUUCUUCGAUGGUUCCUCUUCAUCGAUCUGAUUUAUUCACAAUUUCAGUCGCGUAUUCACCUUGGCGAUUUCGGUACAUCAUUUGCACCUGCUGAUCCAAUUGAGUUAAUAAAUACAAUCUCGAUAUCAUCACAAAUCGGUUGUGCACAAACAUGUAAUGUGAAUUCCUUGUGUCGGACGUUCGAUUAUGAUACAUUAUCUAAACGAUGUCGACUAUUUGAAGGUGAAAUCACAACUGGUCAAGUGAAUAGAUCAGCAGCUGUCCCAUCAGCAUCAAGAGUUAGUAGUGUUGCAUAUACACAACAACUUUAUUUAGUCUAUAACCAAACAUGUAAUCAAUGUCAAAUAAAUCGAUAUUUAUUAUGUAUUAAUAAUACUUGUCAAUGUCCCCCCCAUACAUAUUGGAAUGGAUCGAUGUGUUUAAAUCAAGGGUACAACGGUUCAUCAUGUCAAAAUGAUGAAUGGUGUAGAAAUGAUAAAAAUAUAACAUGUUCUUCAUCUCAUUUAUGUGGUGAGUGUACACAUUGA